AUGCCGAUGUUCAAUGGCACCCACUACCAGCCACCCUUCUUCCUUCUUUCAGGGAUCCCUGGGCUAGAGGAUGCUCAUAUAUGGUUCUCCAUCCCACUAAGUAUCAUGUAUGUGAUUGCCAUCCUGGGAAACAGCAUCAUCAUUCACAUAAUACGCAAGAAUAACAGCCUUCAUGAACCUCAAUAUGUGUUUCUGUCCAUGUUGGCAGCCACGGACACAGGCAUGUCAGCAUCCACAUUACCUACUGUACUUAAUGUCUUUCUGUUCAACCACAGAGAGAUUGAGUUUCAUAGCUGCCUGAUUCAAAUGUUCUUUAUCCAUACAUUCUCUUCCAUGGAGUCAGCCAUCUUAUUGGCUAUGGCAUUUGACCGCUUUGUGGCCAUACGCAACCCACUGCACUACACCAUGAUCCUGACCUAUUCCCGAAUUACUCAGAUGGGAUUGGCCGCGAUGGUUCGUGGGGUGGCGCUGAUGGCCCCCUUGCCCAUCCUUCUCAAACGACUUCCUUUCUGUAAGAAUAUCAUCUUAUCCCAUUCAUUCUGCUUUCAUCCUGAUGUCAUGAAGUUAGCUUGUGGAUCUAUUCGUGUCAAUAUUAUAUAUGGGCUGGCUUUGGUUCUCUGCUCCUUUGGAGUUGAUUCUGUCUUUAUUGUUCUGUCUUAUGCAUUGAUCUUAAAGACAGUCUUGGGCAUGGCUUCCCGAGAGGGGCGUCUUAAGGCACUCAACACAUGCGUCUCUCAUAUUCUCACUGUUCUCAUUUUCUAUGUCCCACUCAUUGCCUUAGCUCUUAUCCACCGAAUAGGCAGGUACCAUUCUCCUCUACCCCAUGUUACCAUGUCUAAUAUUUUCCUUUUCCUUACACCUGUCCUCAACCCAUUGGUUUAUAGUGUGAAAACAAAACAGAUUAGAAGUGUACUCUGUAGACUAUUGGCACUUAAGCUAAGAUGA